CCAAUCAGCGCCGACCCCCAUCUAAACUCACCAAUCAAGAAAGACUUACGACACGAAUAAUCUGGAAACGAGCGACUACGAAAGGAAUAAUCUCGCUCCAGCUCUCUGUUUGGGAAGUUAAACGUAAACAGCUGAUUUAGUUAAACAUGAACGAGAAAGAAGCAAAUUGUAUAUUUUGCACCAUUGCACACAAAGAGGAUGAUACAGAAUUGUUAUACGAAGAUGAAGAAUUCGUUGCAUUUAUGGAUAUAAAACCGGCCACGCCGCAUCAUUAUCUAAUUAUACCAAAAAUUCACAUAAAAAAUGUAAAAGUACUCACUUAUGAACAUAAAGAAUUAGUGGAAAAGUUAGUUAAUAUUGGAACUGAACUUCUGGAAAAUCAGAAUGUGAGCAAAGAUAAUAUCAGGUAAAAUACUUUUCAUAUGUUUAUAUUUUUUACACCAAGUUUAUUUUUCAAAUAUUUUUAGAUUGAAUUAUCUGUUCCAUUAAUGACAUAAGUUUGGCAAUUCUCGUGACAACAGUUUUAAUAGUCAAUCUAAAAGUAAUUGAAUAAUAAAAUUGUGUGGAUCUUAAAUAAAA